GUCUCCCAUGGUGAGUCUCGGGCCGAGUCCCAUGGGUGAGGGGCGUCACAUUCGGGCUGCGAGUCUCUCCCAGGGUGGGGUGAGGUGUCAGUCACAUUCGGGCUGCGAGUCUCCCAGGGUGGUGAGGGCGUCACAUUCGGGCUGCGAGUCUCCCAUGGUGAGGGUGUCACAUUCGGGCUGCGAGUCUCCCAUGGUGAGGGUCACAUUCGGGCUGGAGUCUCCCAUGGUGAGGGCGUCACAUUCGGGCUGCGAGUCUCCCAUGGUGAGAACGUCACAUUCGGGCUGUGAGUCUCCCAUGGGUGAGGGUGUCACAUUCGGGCUGUGAGUCUC